GGUCACAAACUAUUUAGUGGCGUAAACCGGUGUGGACGUAAACAAAAGGCGUAAACAAUUAAACUCCAGGAAGUGACAAAUAAUAAAGUGUUUAGCAAAUUGAGCAACAUUGAUUUGAAAUGGCUACAAGUAGCAAGGAUUUAUCAGAGUGUGUGAAUGGGUUCACCCUUGAUUUGUAUAAACAUGUCACAAGUAAACAGCCCUCAGAAAAUGUGUUCAUGUCUCCAAGCAGCAUGAUGGUUGUAUUGACAAUGCUACAUACUGGUGCUCGUAACAAUACACAAGACGAGAUGGCAAAGGUUCUGAAGUUAGACAAACUGGAGAAAAAGUCUGUACUACAGCAAAUGGAAUCCUUUGUAAGCACUUUGAAGAAGGGAAGUAAAUCUGUUACCUUGAAUACUGCUAACCGAUUAUUUCCCCAUACAGAUAAGACAAUACUUCAGGAAUAUAUUUCCCUUGUCACGAAACAUUUCAAAGCUGAUGUUAAGUCGAUGGAUUACACGAAAAACCCUGAAGGGGCCAGAUUGGAGAUUAAUAAAUGGGUUGAAGGGGAGACAAAUGAGAAAAUCAAAGACUUACUUCCAGGGGGAUCUUUGAACCCACUUACAGCUAUGGUGGUAGUGAAUGCCAUAUAUUUCAAAGGAAACUGGGCAACACAGUUUGAGACUAAAGAUACCAACAAGAAAGAAUUCACAAAAUUGAAUGCAGAUAAGGUUCAGAUAGAUAUGAUGUUUAGACGCAUGAAGAAAGUAAAGUACGGUGAAGACUCAGCACUUAACUGUAAGACUUUGGAACUGCCAUAUGAAGGCCAGGAAUUGGCUUUUGUAGUUGUCCUUCCAAACAAAAAUGAUGGGCUUCCUAAUCUGGAGAAAUCACUUACUCUUAAGGCAUUGCAAAGUCUGGUGACAGAGUGUCACCCAGCCACAGUAGAUGUAACUCUACCAAAAUUCAAGCUUGAAACAUCACUUGAAUUGAAAACCGUUCUAUCAAGUUUAGGAAUGGUAGACAUAUUUAGCGAUAAUGCUGAUUUGUCAGGAAUGGGGAAAGAAUUGUAUGUAUCAGAGGUAUACCACAAAGCUUUUGUUGAUGUAAAUGAAGAAGGAACUGAAGCUGCAGCUGCCACUGCUGCUGUUGUGAUGAGAAGAUCUAUUGUUAGAACAUUUAACUUUGCAGCUGAUCACCCGUUCCUCUUCAUGAUUUGGGAUCACAGGCUUCAUGUUCCAUUGUUUAUUGGAAGAUUUGUGGAACCUCCAGUCAGUGGUAACAGAAAUGAACAAUUUGCUCAGCAAACAAAACAAGAAUUAUGAAUAAUGCACCUGUUUUUCUUUUUAGCUCACCUGUCAGAAUGUGACAAGGUGAGCUUUUGUGAUCGCUUUUCGUCCGUCGUCCGUUAACUUUUACUUUUAACGAAAUCUCCUUAGAAACCGCUAAGUCAAUUUCAUCCAAACCUCACAGGAAUGUUCCUUUGGUGGUCACCUUUGAAACUUAUUCAAAGAAUUUAAUUCCAUGCAGAACUCUGGUUGCCUGCCAUGGCAACCAAAAGAAGAAAAAACACUUCUUUUUAAAAACCCAAAGAGUUAGUGCUUACAUAUUUGGCAUGAAACAUCUUUUAGUGAGUGUCUAAGUUUGUUCAAAUAAUCUAAGCCCUGCCUGGGGUCAAAAUUGGCCCCGUCCCGAGGGGGAUCAUUAAUUUUCCUUUUAUGCAUCUAGUAAAAAACUGAAAAAAACAUCUCUUAAAAAUCCA